GUACCGUCUGUGCUCAGUGCUCGUGUGUGUUGGUGUUGGUGUGUGUGAGGAGAUUCAAGUUGAAAGUGUGGCGAGGGAGCUAAUCCCGCGAAGUGCCCUGCAAUUUGAGUUAUACGUUGCUAAAAUGCCUGCAGCAAUUCCGUGGGGAGAAAAUGAAAUAGAGAAACUAGCGUCUAGUAGCGAUUCUCGUAUCUAUCUCGUUCACGAAAAGAUACCUGUUGUCUUACAACCAUUUCACCUACAAGAUUUGAAGUCCGCUGUUCGGGAUUUGUUGAAUACGAGCAUCGGCAGUUAUCACAAAUCGUUGAAUGGCAUCAUACUGAGCUACAAACAUCUGAAGGUGAUCAGCAAGUCAGCUUCUGUUGCUGCCGAGACCAGUGGAGUAGUUGUGACCAUCCAGGCCGAUUUUUUCGUGUUUCGGCCAGAAGUGGGAAAUGUGCUGAAAGGCAUUGUUAAUAAAAUCAGCAAGGACCAUGUUGGAGUCUUACUUUAUCAACGAUUUAAUAUAUCCUGUCCCCGUCCUAGUUCUGAAUCUCGAUCAGAAAAAUGGCUUGGUAAUCAGGUCUCCAUGCAGCAAGAAGUUACAUUUAAGGUGAAAGAGGCAAACUUCAGUGGUACACUUCCAUUUCUUAAAGGGAAACUUCUGAGCGUGGGAGAUAUUGUCACUGCCAAAAUAGAGGAAGACAAAAAGCCCAAAAAGAAAAAGAAAGAAAAAACAGAGGAUGAAUCUUAUAUGCCUGAGCAAAGUAGCUGUUUUGUUACCUCUGUUUCAAAAGAUCGUAAACAUAAAUUAGUUGAUUUAAAAGAUAGUGGAGAGUCCAAAGCUAAGAAAGCAAAAAAGGUAAUUCAAUUUGAAGAAGACACCAGUAAAAGUGUACUGGAAUGUAGUAAUGCUGUUGAGUCCACUAAAGAAUUGCCUGUAAUCAAGAAGAAGAAGAGAGUUAGUUUAGGCAUUGAAGCUGAUUUCAUUCCAAGAUUAUCUCUAGAUGUAAGUCAGCUGCCAGAAGAUUUACCGCCUCCAAAUGCAGAUUCAACUCACUUUGACGUUGCAAAAAAUCUUUCUAGUCUCAAUCGAUCAGAAAAGAAAAAAAGAAGAAAAGAAACCAAUGCUGGACUCAGUGAUAUAAGAGAAGAAUCAUCAGAAAUAACCAAGAGUUUACAAAAUGUGCACUUUGUUUUGGAUAACUCCAAUAAAAGUCCACAUACUGCGGAAGAAAAACUUAAAAAGAAGAAAGAGAAGAAAGAAAAGAAGCAAAAGAAUGAUUCACUUCAGCUCUCUGAAGUUGUUAGUAAAGUGAUUGUAUCCCCCAAGAAAUUAAAAGUUCAAUCUUCUAAACCUAUCAACCCACUUAGUCAAGUUGAGGCAAGUUCAAAAGAUAUCUCUGAUUCUUCCCGUAAAAAGAAGAAAAAACUGUCAGAGUCAGAUUUUGACCUGAAAACUGAGGAUAGACAAGAAAAUGCAGUUACUAACAGCAAAUCCCUAUCUCUGGCACAGUCAAGUAUAGGUGAAACAAGUUCUCCUAAGAAAAAGAAACUGAAGGAUUCUGAGUCGAAAGGUUUAUUUUCAGAACCCUUUCCAGUCAAAGAAAAGAAGGCAAAGAAAGACAAAAAAGCUGAUGUUUCAGUACCAUCUGAUAGCCAAGAGAACAAAAUCAAAUUUGGUACAGGUACAGGAGAUAGCCAAACUCUUUCUCAAUCCAAGAAAAAACUAGAUGAAAUUCCUAAGAACUUGUCACCUGUGAAAAAGUCAAAAAAGAGGAAAGAAAGAGAUGUGCUUGAUAACUCACUUGAAAUUGGCUCUGAUGACACCAUUCCUCCAGGUCAGAGAUUGGUUUCAGAGUCCCCUCUGAAACGUGUAUCUAAAUCACCCGAGAGAAGACAGUCACUCUCAUUCAGUCUUGGUUACUUUCCCCCAAGUAGUGGUAUGGAUCUAGACUUGGGCCCAAUGAGAGGAGCUAGACGAGCGCCGCUCAUGUUCGGAGACCUUGAAAAAAAGAUUUUAGCCCCAGAAAUGAGUCCUGAGAAGAUUUCCCCCACCAAAAAAGGAAAAAACGAUAGUGAUUCUGACACUCCUAAAAAAGUUGUAGUGUCGACAUCUGUGAGCAGAAAGAGGAGUGAAUCAGAUGAUUCUGAUUCAGAUGAUUAUCAACCUACAGCCAAGUCCCCACAGAAGUCCUUCUUAAGUUCGAGAAAAGCUGAGGAUAGUUCAGCUGAUAGCGAUUCAGAUAAUGCUUUAAAAAGCAAACUUUUGCAGUCAAUGGGUGUUAUGCAGUCACCUUUGAAAACAGCGAAACCAAAUUUGAAGCAUGAUACUUCUGAUUCAGAAAGCGAGAGGAGUAUUGAUGAGCACCGAGGGAACAUGUCUAAAUUGGGCAAGUCAUUUAAUAAUGCUACUCCAAACAAUGCCAAAAAGUCCAGUAAACCGAUUUCAGCUGACAAGAUCAAAGAAUCGCCAAAAAAAUCAACCAGAGACAUCACCAAAUCUACACCUGUCAAAGGGAAGGUUGCUUUGGCACCGACAACACAAGCAGUAAAUGGUGAUAGUGAUGACAGUGACUUGGAAUUGAUGAAAAGUACCAUUGCUAUCAUGGAAGAAGAAAAGCGAUUAGGUAUUAAGGGAAAAGCUAAGGUCACACCUAAAAAGAAAGGUCCAAAUGCUAAGAAAAAGACUGGUGUAAACACCUCUGAUGCUCCAGCUGUACCUAUACCUACACCCAGGAAGAAGAAGAAUUCAAAAGAAAAGAUCGAAACUGUUGCCUCUGACACACUGGUAAAUUCUCAUGCAGUAACCAGCCAAAAGAAAACCGUAAAAACUGAAAAUGUGCCUGUUAAACCAGUGACUGGUGACUCUGUUUCUAACAAAGUAACAAAGACCUCACCCAACAAGAAGAAACUUGAAAGUGUACAAGCAAAAAUUAACUACAGUGAUUCUGACUCUGGUCCUGAUGAUAGGAAUACCUCAGAUUUUUUGAUUGAUAUGAGGAAUAAACGCCAGGCUGCUGAGGCUGAAAAGUCUACUAAGUCCUCUGCCAAAUCGAAGAAGAAGUCUGGUGUCAAGGAAAUUUCACAACCUGUCAAUAAUACUAAGCCUAAGAAACAGAAAAUUUCAGGACAUUCCACUGAAAGCACAGAUAAAGAAUCAAAUUUAAAAAAGCCAAAAUCAAAGGGCAAGAAGAAAAGUACUGACGAUGAAAUUUCUGAUGUCAUGCAAAGAUUGUUACGAGAGGCAAAGAUAAAUGUAGGACUUGCUUAGACCCCCAAAACGUAAUUUUAAAAGUUUUAGUCAACAUGUACAAUUUUUACCAAUUUUCUCUGAAUCAAUGAAUUUGUUUAUUGUGGUACAUUCUAAGAAAUUGGUCUUGUUAAGUUGUAAAUAAGAAAAACUUGUUUGUUUAUGCCUUACACUGUGAAUGUGUUAAUAACUUUGUCUCAAUGAUCUUUGACUACACAGAAAGUGUUUUCAAUUCAAAUCACUUGUUAAUUGCAUUGUAUUGUUAUGCAUACUUGUCAUUUAAUAUUUGACAAAUAUUUUUCAAUUGUUAUGUAUUUGUUAUGCUUUGAAGUGCCUAUUCAUCUUUUUAUUUUCAUGAAAGUUCAAAGCAAAAACCAUCAAUUUUACUGUAUAGUUAAAGAGAGAUGACUGA